CGGGAGGACCGUCUCGGGCUGAGCCGGGGCUUUCCGGCACCUUUCCGGGUAAAUUUCCAGAGCGCCAAGUGUUCGGCUCCGGUUUCUGCCCCUUGGAUUUCGCUCCCGCAUGUGGGCGUCUAAAAGGAAACCAGAAGUGGGCUUAAGUACAUAAAGCAUUCACUGUGCAGAAAAUAACAUUUUGAGAUAAGUGAUAGAGGAAAAUCCAAUACAGAAGUGCACCCUCUUGUGUGUGUAUUGCAUUGUACUGCUUCUAUCAUAUUGCCUAGUAAUGAAGCCACCAUUAUGUCCUCAGUCAGUGAAGUGAAUGUUGAUAUCAAAGAUUUCCUAAUGAGCAUUAAUUUGGAGCAGUACCUCUUACGCUUCCGCGAAUUUGGUUUUAAUAAUGUAAGGGACUGUGCAGAAAUAAAUGACAGCGUGCUCCUCAAAGUUGGAAUAUCACCUACAGGACACCGGAGGAGGAUACUUAAACAGUUACAGAUAAUCCUGUCAAAAAUGCAAGAUAUCUCAAUAUAUGCAAAUGUCCAUAAAACAAAGAAGAAUCAUGAGACUUCAGAGGAUCACCAUGCUCCAUCUUCUGCUCAGAAUACCUGCCUAGAACUUUCAGAUUCACACAGUGUUCAGACACCCAGCCCAACGCAGCUGGAGACUGUUACAAAAAGUCUUGAUCAAAAUGAAGUUAGUGUGGAAAAUAGCCAGUCUUUUAAAUCAGAUGAUAAGCUGACUCUUCCUGCAUACAACUUUCCCAUUCCGGAAGAAGAACCACACCCGAAUUCAGAUUCUUUUCAAGAUUCUUUGUUGGGUAGUGAAAUUACUGACGUAGAAUCUUUGACUGCACAAAAGACUAUCGACUGUACAACCGAAGAAGAACAAACAAAAAAAGUUGAUUUGAUCUCAGAAAAUGUGAGCAAGCUUCCUAGUGCAGACCCUGAAUUCCUUUCUUCCCCUGACUGUUCAGUAUCAGAAGCAAAUUCUGGAAAUGGAACUAAUGGUUUAUUAGAAAGCUCACCACCAUCCCCAUUCUUUCAAUUUCAAGGAGAAAUGGUUGUAAAUGAUUUGUAUGUUCCGUCAUCGCCAGUCCUAACACCUAUGAGAAGUCGUAGCAAGUUGGUUUCAAGACCAUCUCGAUCUUUUCUGCUAAGACAUCGGCCUGUACCAGAGAUUCCAGGGUCAGCAAAAGGAAUUUCAGGGAGCUAUUUCCGUGAGAGAAGAAAUGUUCCCACCUCAACUGGAAAAUCUAUGACACAACAAAAUACGAAUGAGGAGAAUUCAUCUUCCAUUUUCCCUUAUGGAGAGACCUUUCUCUUCCAGAGACUAGAAAAUUCCAAGAAGAGAUCCAUAAAGAAUGAAUUUUGGACCCAGGAAGAUACACUCAAAGGGGAAACAGCUACUGAAAGAAACUCAUUUUUUGUCAAAUCAAGCAUAUAUGAUAACAGGAUGGAGAACGUAAGUGAAGACAAAGUAGAAGAUAUUUGGAUACCUCGAGAGGACAAAAACAAUCUUCCUAUAGACUCUGCUUCGGAAUCAGAAUAUUCAACAGUAGAAGAAUGCUUUCACAGUUUAAGAAGAAAACAUUCAAAGCCAUAUAAAUCUAGGACUCAAAAAGCAGUGAAUUUUGUCCCUGUUAAUAGGCACAGUUAUCCACUAAGCUCAACAAGUGGAAAGGCUGAUUCAUCAAUCAUUUCCUCAAAUGUAAUAUCUCCCUAUGCCUGUUUUUAUGGAUCAUCUGCAAGAAAGGUUAAAUCAGGAUGGCUUGACAAACUCUGUCCCCAAGGAAAACGCAUGUUUCAGAAGAGAUGGGUGAAAUUUGAUGGCCUUAGCAUUUCUUAUUACAAUAACGAUAAGGAGAAGUAUUCAAAAGGAAUAAUUCCCCUUUCUGCUAUAUCUACGGUACGAGUUCAAGGAGACAACAAAUUUGAAGUUGUUACAACACAAAGAACUUUUGUUUUUAGGGUAGAAAAGGAAGAGGAGAGAAAUGACUGGAUCAGCAUCCUGUUAAAUGCACUGAAGUUACAGGCCCUUUCCUCGCAGUCUCAAGGAGCUGUUGCACCUGAGAAAUGUGGAUAUCUUGAACUGAGAGGCUAUAAAGCUAAAAUUUUUACUGUGUUAAGUGGAAACAGUGUGUGGCUUUGCAAAAAUGAACAGGAUUUUAAGAGUGGACUUGGUAUUACCAUAAUUCCUAUGAAUGUAGCAAAUGUAAAGCAAGUGGACCGAACUGUGAAACAGUCUUUUGAAAUAAUCACUCCCUAUAGGAGUUUUAGCUUUACAGCCGAGUCUGAAAAAGAGAAACAAGAGUGGAUUGAAGCUGUGCAGCAAUCGAUAGCAGAAACUCUCUCUGAUUAUGAAGUAGCUGAGAAGAUUUGGUUCAAUGAGUCCAACAGGAGCUGUGCAGAUUGUAAAGCCCCAAAUCCUGACUGGGCAUCCAUCAAUCUCUGUGUUGUCAUCUGUAAGAAGUGUGCAGGGCAACAUAGAUCUUUAGGACCAAAAGAUUCCAAGGUUAGAAGUCUGAAAAUGGAUGCCAGCAUUUGGAGCAAUGAACUCAUUGAGCUUUUUAUUGUCAUUGGAAACAAAAGAGCUAAUGACUUUUGGGCUGGUAGUCUUCAAAAAGAUGAAGAAUUACACGUGGACUCUCCAGUAGAAAAGAGAAAAAACUUUAUCACUCAGAAAUACAAAGAAGGAAGAUUCAGAAAAACCCUUUGGGCAUCUCUUACCAAGGAAGAAUUAAAUAAGGCUCUGUGUGCUGCUGUGGUGAAACCAGAUGUUCUGGAAACAAUGGCUUUGCUGUUCAGUGGAGCAGAUGUCAUGUGUGCAACAGGUGACCCUGAGCAUAGCACCCCUUAUCUGCUGGCCAAGAAGGCGGGGCAGAGUCUGCAAAUGGAAUUUCUCUACCAUAACAAAUUCUCAGAUUUCCCUCAACAUGACAUACAUGCUGAAGGUGGAUUUAGUCAAGAGUCCUCCCAGUCGACGUUCCUCUGUGACUUUUUGUAUCAGGCUCCUGCUGCAGCUUCUAAACUCUCUUCAGAAAAAAAACUCCUUGAAGAGACAAAUAAAAAGUGGUGUGUUCUGGAAGGAGGCUUCUUGAGUUACUAUGAAAAUGAUAAGUCUACCACGCCUAAUGGCACCAUUAAUAUCAAUGAAGUUAUCUGCCUGGCUGUACACAAAGAAGACUUCUGUUUAAAUACUGGGCCCAUCUUUACCUUCGAGAUCUAUUUACCCUCAGAACGUGCAUUUUUAUUUGGAGCUGAAACAUCUCAAGCUCAAAGAAAAUGGACAGAAGCAAUAGCCAAGCAUUUUGUUCCCUUUGUUGCUGAAAACUUAACAGAAGCUGACUAUGAUUUGAUUGGUCAACUCUACUACAAAGACUGCCAUGCCCUGGAUCAGUGGAGAAAAGGCUGGUUUGCUAUGGACAAAUCUAGUUUGCGUUUUUGCCUUCAAAUGCAAGAAGGUCAGGAGGAUAGAAUGCACUUAAGAAGACUGCAAGAACUAACAAUUAGCACAGUACUUCAAAAUGGGGAAAAAUUGGAUGUCUUGCUCUUGGUAGAAAAAGGGAGAACAUUAUACAUCCAUGGGCAUACCAAGUUGGAUUUCACAGUCUGGCAUACUGCAAUUGCAAAAGCAGCAGGUACAGAUGGGAAUGCAUUACAAGAUCAGCAGCUCAGCAAAAAUGACGUUCCCAUUAUCGUGAACAGCUGUAUAGCAUUUGUUACACAGUGUGGUUUAGGGUGCAAAUAUAUCUAUCAAAAGAAUGGUGAUCCUUUACAUGUAAGUGAACUCCUGGAGAGUUUCAAAAAGGAUGCAAGAAGCUUUAAAUUGAUGGCUGGAAAACAUCAGCUUGAAGAUGUGACGGGCGUAUUGAAGAGUUUUCUCUCUGACAUUGACGACGCACUUCUUACUAAGGAGCUCUAUCCGUAUUGGAUCUCUGCCUUAGAUACCCAAGAUGACAAGGAAAGAAUUAAAAAAUAUGGAGCAUUUAUACGUACUCUUCCUGGGGUCAACAGAGCAACAUUGGCAGCUAUAAUUGAACACCUUUAUAGGGUUCAGAAAUGCUCAGAAAUCAAUCACAUGAACGCCCACAAUUUGGCCUUGGUUUUUUCCUCCUGUUUGUUUCAAACUAAGGGACAAACUAGUGAAGAAGUGAAUGUAAUUGAGGACUUAAUUAAUAAUUAUGUUGAAAUAUUUGAGGUUAAAGAAGACCAAGUCAAACAAAUGGACAUAGAAAAUAGCUUUAUUACCAAGUGGAAAGACACUCAAGUUUCCCAGGCCGGAGAUUUGUUAAUUGAAGUAUAUGUAGAAAGGAAGGAACCUGACUGCAGUAUUAUAAUUCGGAUAUCUCCCGUGAUGGAAGCAGAAGAAUUAACUAAUGACAUAUUAGCAAUAAAAAAUAUAAUUCCUACAAAAGAUGAUAUCUGGGCCACAUUUGAAGUCAUAGAAAAUGAAGAGCUUGAGCGCCCUCUUCACUACACAGAAAAUGUGUUGGAACAGGUGCUUCGGUGGAGUUCAUUAGCUGAACCUGGAUCUGCUUAUCUUGUGGUGAAGAGAUUCUUAACCAUUGACACAGUUAAACACUAUAAUGAGAGGAAGGCCCUGGAAAGUAUCAAAGAGGGAGUCUUGAAAAUCAAAGAAGAACCAUCUAAAAUACUCUCUGGAAAUAAGUUUCAAGACCGGUAUUUUGUUUUACGAGAUGGGUAUCUCUUUCUUUACAAGGAUAUGAAGAGUAGUAAACCUGACAAAAUGUUUUCUCUCAGUUCAAUGAAGUUUUAUCUUGGAGUAAAAAAGAAGAUGAAGCCUCCAACAAGUUGGGGAUUGACGGCAUAUUCUGAAAAACAUCUCUGGCACCUGUGUUGUGAUAGUUCACAAACUCAGAUGGAGUGGAUGGCCAACAUCUUUAUCGCCCAGCAUGAAAGUGAUAUAUGGCCACCAGCUGGAAAGGAACGAAAACGUUCUAUAACCAAAACUCCCAAAAUUGGAGGUUUGCCUCUAAUUCCCAUCCAGCAUGAGAAAAAUGCAACCCAAGCCUGGAGAGAUAUUGAGAGUGCAAAAGCAGAACUCGAAAGGCUACGGCUCAGUGCAAAGCGUGACCAAGAGCCUGGGGAUGGCACCUUAAGGGAGAGAGCCUCCAUCGUGGCCCAGUGCCUGGAGCACAAGGAUGAGAAACUUCGAAAUCGAACCAGAAAACAUUGGAGUUUCAACUGUCUGGAGGACACAGAGGCUGAGGUCCUUCAAGGGCAACAGAAAGGCCAGAAAGGCCUAAAGACAUUGAAGAAGACUGAGGACAGGAAUGGCAAAGCUACUUUGGACUCUAAUAAGUUACCACCAAAGGUCAUCGAAGAGCUUAGUGUGGUUCUACAGCGGGCAAGAACCCUUCCAAAAGAGUCACAGCCUGAGUAGAUGGUGUAAAAAUAAAUAAAAUGACUUGUCUUGCAAAUUAUUUUUUUAAAUAUUGUGUACAAUGUAUGUGUGCAAACCAGAAACCAAAAUAUAUUUCAUGGUUGGUGAGAUUUGUCUAGCUAUCCUUAACCAUUUAAAGAGCAUUUUAAACUAUGUAUGUAUAUAUAAGUGUAAAUUCACUGUGUUUUGUUCUGAACAAAGCCUGUACAGUUCAGCUAUAUUAACCUUGUGUAGGAAGGCAUUGGGUUACUUUGAGUGGCCACCUUUUGAAGUACAGUUGACCCUUGAACAACAUGGGCAAGGGUUGGUGUGUUAAUACAUGCAUAAUUUGUAGUCAAACCCCUCCCCUGUAUACAGAAUUCCUCUGCAUUUGUGGACUGAACUAAUUGUGGAUCAUGUAGUGCUGUAGGAUUCACUAUCAAAAGAUGUCUAUGGGGCUUCCCUGGUGGCGCAGUGGUUGAGAGUACGCCUGCCGAUGCAGGGAACACGGGUUCGUGCCCCGGUCUGGGAGGAUCCCACAUGACGCGGAGCGGCUGGGCCCGUGAGCCAUGGCCGCUGAGCCUGCGCGUCCGGAGCCUGUGCUCCGCAACGGGAGAGGCCACAACAGUGAGAGGCCCGCGUACCGCAAAAAAAAAAAAAGAUGUCCAUGUAUAAGUGGACCCAUGGCGGUUCAAACCCACAUUGUUCAAGGGUCAACUGUAGUUGUCUAAGUGGUGUAAAUUUAUGAACAGAAAUCACAAACUGUACUGUAUUGUAUAGAAUGCUCUGUAUAAAUGAAGCCUAUGAAAUUAUAUGUAACACAUUUUGCACUUUGAGAAACCUUGUAUAUAAAGUUACCAUAUGUUUUUAGGUUUACACAGGGCCAACCUUAGGGGAAAAAAAGGAAGUAAGUUGAAAAGGGGGAGGAUUUAUUUUAGUGGCUGCCUAUCAAACAACACUUUAAAAGAGGCAAAGAGGGGGCUUCCCUGGUGGCGCAGUGGUUGAGAAUCUGCCUACCAAUGCAUGGGAUACGGGUUCGAGCCCUGGUCUGUGAAAAUCCCACAUGCCAUAGAGCAACUGGGCCUGUGAGCCACAACUACUGAGCCUGUGCAUCUGGAGCCUGUGCUCCGCAACAAGAGAGGCCACAAUAGUGAGAGGUCUGCACACUGCGAUGAAGAGUGGCGCCUGCUUGCCGCAACUGGAGAAAGCCCUCGCACAGAAACGAAGACCCAACACAGCCAAAAGUAAAUAAAUAAACAAACCAAUGAACCGACAUUUAAAAAAAAAAAGAGAGGCAGAGUUAAAAAUGUCCUAAAAGUCAAGGAGGUCAGGUUGAGAUUCAUUCUAGUUCACUGUUGACCAGACCUUGUUCACGAGAAACUGCUUGUUAAGAAAAAAGUCUAGUGACUAAGUAUUUCCCAAGAUUAGUAUUCAGCCACUAAACACGAAUAAUGGCACUGGCCACUCUUCCUUACAGUGUCAGUGAAUCAGCUGCAGUGCAAAUCCAUUCACUACACUUCAGUUCUUUGCAGGUGGCUGCUGAGAGGAAACUUAUACUGCAUUGAAGAGAUUGUGUGCACAGGACCUGGCAUGGAUGACACUUGCACUGUUGCUGUGUACAAGCAAUUUUUGUUUUUUUUUAUUUAGAGUUCCUUACUAUCAUUUUGGAAUGAGCAACUUUCAUCAUCACAGGGUUUUAUUGUUGGUUUAUUGUUUUUCUUUGUAUGUUCAUUUCUUAUUAGGUAAGACUGAGUCAAAAUUUACUGGAAGUGUACAACAUAUGGCCACCUGGAGGUAGGAGUUAGAUUAACAAUUGAUACUAUACUUCUGGGGGCUACCAGUUCACUUUUAACCUUGUCUUUUUUUUUUUUUUUUUUUAAUAAAGCAGCAGUCUCCUCCCUGUGCCUGAUGAAUAAUGACCAAGCCCUCUACUUUUGUUUCCACAUAAAGAGUACCUACUGAGUUGGUUAUUUUCCUCACAGACAAUACUAUCUAGUUAUAGGUGACAUUAGGGGUAGCACUUUUUGUCAGUUUCUUUAGAAUUUUAUUAGGUCGGGUGAGUUUUGAUCAAAAUUAUUUUGAUCAAAAUUAUUUUAGGUAGCCAAGCUUCAUUCCUAGCUUUAUUCCACUUGCACUCAGUGCAAGUGGCAUCCAUGCGAGGUCCUCUGCACACAGUCUCUUCAAUGCAGUGUAAGUUUCCAUUUCCUUUUCCCCCUGUUUUUCAGGUGUCUUAUCAGAAUUUGUAUACAGAGGCCCAUACUUCAGUCAGUCCAAUCAUAGUGCAGUAUAACACUGUUUGAUGCUAUGAAUUUCUUCAUUGAAAAAUACUGAUCACUUAUAUAUGGUGGUGAUAAAAUAGUUUACCAUGGGGGUGUGAUAUUUAUUCUUUAAAUCCACAUAGAUUGGAAUUUUUUUAAAGAGAGAAACUGCUGGUCAGUUUAUAGGUGGCACUGCUGGGGAGCCUUCCUUUAAAAAGCAAGAAAUCAUGGUAUUUAGGAAAAAAUCUAAAAUAAACUAUUAUUUCUGGUAAAUGAUAUUUAUGUUUUAUGAAAUAAGGAGACAUGAAAAUUAUGUUGGACAAUGGGAAAGUAUCUUUUUUUUUACCUGCCUUAUUUGAAUACUUUUGAAACUUGAGCUUAAAAUCUAAUAACUUCUGUUUCCCUUCCCUUCCUGUACAAUUGUCUCCAUUUUUCAAGUGUAAGAUAAGGACUAAUGAUGACCUCUCAUAUAUUUUGAGUAAAAAUUAAAAUUGUUUUACAAGUCCA